CAUGUUUCUUCGCACUAGGACCGCGAUCUGUAUACGACCCUGGACCUAAUGUCGGACACUACUCUGUCCGCAACGUUCUCUAAGCAGUGGCUGUAUACUUAUCGCAUAAUUUCUUCCCAGCAGUGGUUGUCUCAACGUAAGGCACCGGCUCUUUCCGAUUUCUUUUUGGAAAUUGUCGUCGGAAGCUGAUGUCGACGCGCUCAAGUACUCGGUAGCAUGCCCUGACUCCCGUUUUUCCUUCUUGUCUGCCCACCAUGUCCUCGACUUCAGAUGCUAGCUCACUCGCGGUUGUCGAGAAAACUUUUGGCGUCCUCUUCAUCGGUUUUGUGAUUUCGAUGAUAGGCUACGGUUUUACUUUCUUUCAGACAUACCUCUAUUUCAAUAGAUACGACAAAGAUAGUUUCGGAUUGAAGGCAGCUGUUGCUAUGCUAUGGACAUUGGACACCAUUUCAUCUGGCCUGAUGUCGCAGUCGGUUUAUUAUUAUCUUGUCACGACGUUCCCUUAUGGUACCCAGAUGACAGACGCGACCAGAACCUUCUGUGUUGAAACACUUUUUUCCGCCCUUUCGAUAUUCAUGGUCCAGCUGUUCUAUUCGACCCGGGUAUGGAAAUUGGGCGGAAGUGUAUUCUCUGUUUUUCCAAUUUGUCUUUUGGCCACCGUCGGGUUUGGUCUUGAAAUCGCCGUGUCAGCUUUGAUGUUCGUGAAUCCCGAAUUCGAACAUCUUUAUGCACCCUCGGUCAAACCAGUUGUCGCCGCGGCCCAAACAAUAGUAUUCGGUGCUGCCGUCUAUACCGUGGGGGCCCUCACGUUCUUCUGCCAGUGGGCUGACAACACGCCCAUUCAAGGAUGGUUCAAUCAAGUCAAGGCCCUCUGCUUUUCUCAUGGACUUGUGGCAGCAGCAAUGCAGCUAUCGUAUCUCAUCGCGUUUGUCGCGUCGCCCACUUACUUUAUCUGGAUUCCGUUCCAUUUAUUGACCACAAAACUGUUCAUCAACUGUUUACUGUUUAUGUUGAACUCACGACAGUCCUACCAUGGUCAUGGUCUUGACCACGAGGAUAGUAGCACAUCAUCGCCUAGCAAUUCCCAUGUGAUCACUACAAAGAGAAAGGGUAAAGCGGAUGUUCAUUAUAAUAUCCCCGACACCCGUACACCCAUCAAUAUCGAAGUGGCUCGUACUGUAGAGCACGCUGUUGAUGAAAGGAAGGCCAAAGCUAGCGGCGAUUCCACCUACGACGAUGAAAUUACCGAAUUUGAUUUCCAGAUUCACAAGAACGAGUUCGCCGUGAAGGCCUCUUGAAUAAAGAGUGUAUAACCCCAGCAGUGCCAGCGGUUAUUAUUAAGUAGUGUUCUAUCUUCAUGUGUGUUUUAUUAGGGCAGCAUUUUUUGUUCCUUUAACCUCAAACCUCUCAUUAUGCAAAAGGCUGGUUCAUGUCGGGUUCAUGAUGUAUGAUUGUUGCAUACAAAUGAGACGGCAGGAAUAAAUCUUAAUCAUUGAGCUUUCAGGGCGCAUUCGUGUCUGAUUCUUACAUCCUGGGCCUUCUAACAGAGGGUUGUUUUUUAUUGAAU